AUGAGCUUCGAUAAACUAAUGCUAAAUCGACCAAAUUAUACUGCAAAAAAUAUAUUAUAACCAUUAUUUGUGUCAGCCAGACCUUUGAACUAUGUUCUAACUCCUACUUUGAAUAAAACUGAAAAUAAGGAUAGACCAUAAAAUUUUAUAGAAAAUUAAAGAAAGACUUUACAUUAAAAAAAUGAUUCCAAUAAAUCUUAAUCUAUUAGCAUAAAAAAAUAAAGAGUUCAAGAUGCUUAUAACUAAUUAUCAGAUUUUAAUGAUAAAAAAUAAAUUAUUGCAUCUCUUAAAACUCUGAAUUCAGCUGAUGAGAGGUUGAACUUUUGUAAUAACUUAGAAUUCAAUUAAUUGAUAAAAUUUUAGAAAGAAAAGAUGAAAUGAUGGUAGCAUAAUUAAAAUUAAAAGCAGUCAAAUUAGAACCUAUUUUCAACGUUAUUAGAAGGAAGUUGCGAAAAUAGCGUUUAGGUAGUGCCACUCCUAAUUAAUCAAAGAAAGGAACUAUCAUUAUGAGAUAAAAAACAUCAGAUGACUUACCUAAAACUAUGCCAGAUCAAACUAGAGAUAGUAAAGAAAAAUAAGAUCAUAGUCUACAUUAAUAAGAAACCAUCAUUGAAGAUUAAAUCAUUGAAAAAAUAUAAACCAAAUUUACUGCUGGUGUAGCAUUUUCUUGGCUUGCUAAUAGACAUGAUACUAAAUAAAGUAUUUCUAAGUUUCUAUUAAAUUAAGUCUAAUUAGAUCCUGAUCCAACUGAACGGUAAUAUUUAAGAAGAUCAACUGCCUUACAAUAUGGUAAAAACACAAUGAACAGACUCAAACAAUAGGUUUCAAAAAAAGUAAGUGAGAAUUCAGACGAAUUAAUAAGAAUUGGUAACUUUAAAUUGGAACCAAAAAAAGAAAAAUAUAAUCUUAGUAAAAUAAAAGCAAAAGUUGAUUCUGGGUUAAUUAAACCUUAAUAACCUGUACUACCUAAAGUUAAUAUUAUAAAACGAUAAGAUACUCUAGGAUAUAUUACAUCUGAAAGAAAAGAAAUUUCUGCACUUGGAGAAAUCUAAACAUUUAGAAGUGACAGUAAAAUAAGAUUAUUAAAACUCUGA